AUGUCUCGGUCAUCAUAUAAACCGAGGACAUAUUUUUCAUCCAUAAUUUUGUUUUUGUUGUUUUUUCUUGUUUCGUUUACAUUUGUCAAUAGUAUACAUGUACAAGGAAUAUGGUCACCAUCAUCUACUUUGUUCAAAGUGAUAACUAGAUUUGGUUUUCAACGUACCGAUCCAAAUCAUCGAUUAGAAACAAGUGGAUAUAUAUUUGGAAAUAUAACCCUAUUGAAUCAUCAAUCAAAUAGAAAAAUUUCAUCCAAUAAUAAUAAUAGUGAAAAUCAUCAACAAUCAAAACAAAAUCCUAUCUAUAAUUCUGGUGUAUUAUUAUUUGCUAAUCGUACUCUAUUUAAACAUAUUUAUAAUAUCUAUCUAAAAACGAAAAAUAUUCAACCAAAUUGUAAUCAAACUUUGAAUGAUUUAGGUUCGAAAUUUUGUUCAGAUAUUUCUGAUGUUAUUCAACCGAAAAAUUCCAGAAAAAAAAUUUGUCAUAAUUCAACAUCAAACGAUAAUGAUAAUAAUGAUAAUGAAUAUUUUCGUUAUAUACCAUGUCCCAUAAAUGGUACCUGUGAUAAUCAAUGUCAAAAUUUAAAUAUACCAAAUUAUCAAUUAGCAUUUAUGAUUGAUGGACAAAAAGAUGCUAGUUUUUGGUAUCUAAUAUUAUUACCAUGCAAACGAAAAUAUCAAAAAAAUCAAACAUCAUCAUCAUUAUCAUCAUUUCAAUGGACAAUGGAAACAAAUGAAAAAAUAUUAUUAUCAUAUAAUUUAUGGAUUGUAAAUGGUCAUCCAGAUAAUCGUUUAUCAUCCACAAGAUUAAUCGAUUCGGAUUAUCAAUUUUCCUAUGAACAACAAAAUUUUUGGUUUUUCAUAUUACUUGAUUUAGGUUAUAUAAUAUUGAUUAUAAUGCAAAUUUAUGCAUUAACCGGACAGAAAAUGAUGAAAAAUUUAAAUUAUUUAUUUACAAUUUCAUUAUUAUUACAUUCAUUAUCAUAUUUUUUCAUUUGUUUACAUAAAAUUGUAUUCGCUGAAAAUGGUGAAGGUUUUGAAACAUUAUUUACUAUUGCUGAAGUGUUGAAAAUUAUGUCGAUUGCCUUAUUAAUGUUAUUCGUAUUGAUCAUUGCAAAAGGAUGGCCAUUUACAAAACCAGAAACAUUUUCCAAAACAAUAUUAUUAAUAAUGGCUACAAUUUAUAUUGUUAUAAAUAUAUUAUUAUUUAUUUGGAUGAAACAAUCAUUAAAUAUGAUUGAAGAAGUUGAUGAAUUUCAUACGGCACCCGGUUGGAUAAGUAUUGGUUUUCGUAUAAUAUUAAUGUUAUGGUUUAUAUAUGAAUUACGACAUACAAUGAUGUUAGAACAAGAUUCAAGACGUUUAAAAUUCUAUUUACAUUUUGGUGCCGGAAUGUUAGUUUGGUUUGUACAUUUACCAUUAGUCGCUAUUGUUGCCAUACAUAUUGAUCUUAUGUGGCGUUGUAAAAUUAUUACAGGAUUUUCCGCAACUGCAGAUUUUCUAGCAUUUGCUAUAUUGACAAGAAUAAUGUGGACAACAAAUAAUAAACAAUUUUUAAUACCAGAUACGGAUAUUUAUAAUGAAGAAUUAGAAUAUUAUUCGGAUGAUAAUUGUUCUUAUAUUCAGCAACAACAACAACAACAACAACAUGAUGAAACAUUUAAAUUUUCAAAUGCAAAUUUUAAACAUUCAUCAAAACAUUUUCAAUAUGAUAAUCAUCAUAAUGUUUGUGAUAAUACAAUACCAAUAACAACAUUACCACCACAAACACCAACAAUAACAACAACAAUAACAUCAUCACCAAUUAUAAGAACAUAA